UCAAACUUAACUUUUUCUUAUAAGAUAAUGAAGCGAAACAAGGUCUAUUUCUUUUUUGACAUAAAAGAAAGAUGAAAACAUAAUCUGUGGAAAUCAAUCUCAAAAUCAGUUAGAAUCUUAGAGAAGUAUUAGUAUAUAUGGUUUAGGAAAGAGAAUCUGGUAUUAACUAUCCAGAUUCUCUAGAUUAUUGCUUUCUAGUUUAGUGCAGGAUACUUUUCUAUCUAGUAUUUAUUUCUUGUUUUGAGGGUCAGUAGGUUAGCUUCUCUUCCCUAUUUAUUGUACAAACAUACUGCUGGUAAGAUUAAGAAAAGAAAAAGACUUCUCUCAAAAUUCUUCAUAAUCACAGGAGGCAGAAAGGGUUAUAAAUGUUAUUCUCUCUUCCCUACCUCUCUCAAGUGCAUUUUUAUAGGAUACUCUCCACACCAAAAGGGUUAUAAAUGUUAUUCUCCUGUUCUCAAAAAGGUCUAUACUUCUAUGGAUGUCAUAUUUUUUGAACAUCAAGCAUACUAUCCCAAGUCUGAUCUUCAGGGGGCAACCAUGAGAGAAUAUCAGAAUUGGGAUAUACAAUCUGAUCAUGUAAUUAACUCAGGAGACAACCAAAAGAGUCUUGUCCAAAGUCAUUUGAGCCCUUACACUACACCUCCAGCUGUAACCCAAUCAAUCCCAGCACCACCAGCCUCAAUCCAAUCUCCUGACCAGAUUCAUCCUACACCAAAACAGAUCACAAAUCAUGAGCUUCUUACCUAUUCUAGAAGGAAAAAACUUGGAAAGGAGAUAGAGCACACAAUACCUCUUGCACAUGACCAAGAUUCAGAACCAAGUCCAGAUUCUGCCCCAAUAUACUCAGCCAUUGACAGUGUACAGAUUCCUAAGUCUAUUGAAGAAGCUCUCAAAGAUUCAGGUGGAGAAAGGCAGUGAGUGAUGAAAUCAGUGCCUUAAACAAGAAUAGAACUUGGGAAAUUUCUGAACUUCCACCUGGAAAGAAACCAGUUGGGUGUAAAUGGGUAUUUACUAUCAAACAUAAG